CCACCACAAAAUCUUCAUUCCUCCUACACCUUCCAAAAAAUGGAUUCCCUUUCCAUCAAAAAAUCUCUACUAACCAUCCUUCUUGCCUGCAUUGUCUUGGCCACGGUGCCAGGGAAUGUGAUGGCUCAGUCCGUGGUCAGCAUUGUCACACCUCAAUUCUUUAAUGGCAUCAAGAACAAUGCUCUGGCAACUUGUGCUGGGAAGAGCUUUUACACCCGGGAAGCCUUCCUCCGUGCUCUCAGCUCCUUCCCUAACUUUGGAAAACUAGGCUCUGCCGAUAACAACAAGCGCGAGAUCGCUGCUUUCUUUGCCCAAGUCUCACAUGAGACCGGAUCUUUCUGUUACAUUGAAGAGAUUGACAAGAGUCACAAAUACUGCCAAUCAAUUACUAAGUACCCAUGUGCUCCGGGCAAGUCCUACUAUGGCCGAGGUCCACUCCAGCUAACCUGGAAUGUGAACUACGGAGCAGCCGGAAAGGCUCUGGGGCUGGAUUUGCUGAACAAACCUGAAACUGUGUCCACUAACCCUGUUGUGUCAUUUAAGACUGCAUUAUGGUACUGGAUGACCGCAGUACGUCCUGUGGUGGGGCAAGGGUUUGGUGCAACGACUCGUGCUGUCAAUGGUCCAGUUGAAUGUGAUGGAAAACGACCUGAUCUGGUUCAGGCCAGGGCUAACCUCUACACCAGCUACUGUACCCAGCUUGGUGUUUCUUCUGGAACCAAUCUCCUAUGUUAGGCUAUCACAUACCUUUGUACCAGAAAAUAGGAAUACUAUUUUCUUGAAAUAAUGUUAGAGAGGCUUGUUGUGAGGCCUGAAAUAAAACGAGAUGUUUAAUUAUGAAAAACAUAUUUGAGAUUUCUAAUAAAAUGUUUCAUUGAUG